UAACUACAAUUACGUGUUCUCUUAAACCCUAGGCACUCGGACCAAAUUUCGCUGUUUGGCUCGAGAGAAAACAGAGCUCUUUUUCUUUGCGCUUUAAUAAAGUUCAGUUCUUGGGUCACCUUGCCUUGACGGGCACAUCUUCAAGCUCCCAUGGCACCUGCCCUGGAGAUUUUAGUCCGAGGACCGGAGGGGUUCUCAAUCUGGAACGGUCCUCCGUUCGGAGAGGGUCAGCCGGGUGUCAAGCUUGAAACGAGUCCUUGCAAGAGUGCAAAGUUCAGUGAAGAUGGAACUAGGCUAAUGGUGGUGAAAUCUGAUUCCGUGAUUAGUAUCUAUGAUUGCAACAACUACAAGGAGAUAAGAAGUUUUCAAGUGCCGAACUUCACUGCGGCCACCUUGUCCCCUCGUGGGACUUAUCUUCAGACUUUCCAGAAAUCCUCAACCCCACAAGAAAAGAAUGUGACUUUGUGGAAGAUAGAGACUGGUGACCCUGUUUAUCAGCAGUUCCAAAAGAACAUGACGAAAAGCACUUGGCCAUCUAUUAGAUUCAGCUCCAAUGAAGAUGUUGCAUGUCGUUUAGCAACCAAUGAGAUUCAGUUCUUUGAGGCUGGAGACUUGUCCAAAGGAAUUGUCCAUCGGAUAAGAGUUCCCGGAGUGGCUGCAGUUGAGCUUUCUAAGGCACCUGCUUCUCAUGUGGCAGUAUUUGUUCCCGAAUCUAAGGGGGUUCCUGCUAGUGUCCUGAUAUUUACAUGCGGAAAGGAUCCACAGAACCAACCCGUAGCUCGGAAGAGUUUUUUCCGAUCCUCAUCAGUGCAACUGAGUUGGAAUCAGGGCUCUACUGGGCUUUUAGUUGUGGUGCAGUCAGAUGUUGAUAAGACCAACCAAAGUUACUAUGGGGAAUCAAAGUUGAACUACUUGACUACAGAUGGGUCCUAUGAAGGGCUUGUACCUCUUCGUAAAGAGGGGCCUGUUCAUGAUGUUCAGUGGUCAUAUUCUGGUUCAGAAUUCGCUGUUGUUUAUGGGUUUAUGCCUGCUAAAGCAACUGUGUUUGACAAGAAGUGCAAUCCUCUACUUGAGCUUGGAACGGGCCCAUACAACACAAUCCGAUGGAACCCCAAAGGAAAAUUUCUAUGUUUGGCUGGAUUUGGUAACUUACCUGGUGAUAUGGCAUUUUGGGAUUACACAGAGAAGAAACAGCUUGGAACUACCAAGGCUGAAUUGUCCGUGACUAGUGAAUGGUCUUCAGAUGGAUGCUAUUUCAUGACAGCCACAACAGCUCCAAGACUACAAGUUGACAAUGGGAUUAAAAUUUUCCACUACAACGGCUCACUUUACUUCAAGAAGAUGUUUGACAAGUUGUUCCAGGCUGAUUGGAAACCAGAGUCACUAGAUAGAUAUGGUGACAUUAAUGAGCUCAUCAAGGCUAUCGACACGUUAAAAGUUGACGAAACCAAACCACAAGGAGAGAUGUCAAAAGUUUCUCAGACUUCUGCAAAAAGCACGUCAACAAACCCUCCUGCAGCAAGGCCUGCUGCUUAUCGCCCACCACAUGCCAAGAAUGCCGCUGCUGUUCAAGCUGAGUUAUUUGGACAGAGCCCUACUGAAACAAUGAGCAAGAAUGCAUUGAAAAACAAGAAGAAAAGGGAGAAACAGAGAGAGAAGAAGGGUGCCGAGGCAGCCAGCGGCCCUUAACUGAGGGAGUUGCCGAAUGCUCGUCAAUGGUGUAUUUUUAGGCUUUACCAACAAUGUACUAUUCUCAAUGACGUUUGCUUGCAAAAUUGUCUUUCAAACAGUCAUUUUUUGCUUAUAAUUCUGCCAAAAGUUUUGACCGGAUGAUAUUAGGAGAGUAUAUCGACUUUAUAUGAAGCUUUUGUAACAUUUUGCAAGUGUUUGUCA